CAACAUAUGUACCAAUAAUAAUAAUAUCCAGUCGAGAUCUCACUCCGUUGCACAGUUGAUCAUAAUAACGCGGCAUGCAUGGGUUGAGGUCGAGGACUGACUACGCAUGUACAUGUGUAUGUAUAGGUCAGCUGUGUCGGCAUCUACGCCUACAUGUACAUGUACCUGUAAGGCACCUCAGUCUGGGUGUGACACUGCGCCGAUUCGCAGACUAGUGUAAAUUCUGACUGGAAGACCCGGUCUAAUUAUGAUGGAGGCCUAGCUACGUAGUAGGUGGACUCGUGGAACUUAAGAACCCUUCUUCUCGUAGUACAACCCGAGGCUGUGUGUAACGCAGAAAAUACCAUGUCCUCCCACAUAACAGCAUUCCACGGCGAUACCUCAUUUCCAGCAAAAAUAGAGUCGUAUACGAAUGCAUAAUGUUAUUCCUCCAUUGAUGAACGCACAAGUUCCCACCCGCAGUGCACGCACUGAGAAUAAUUCCUGCCCGAGCAACGGUUGGCAUUCAUCAUUUAGCUGAUUUUGUGACACUGUACCGGAAAGGCAGCAUUGACGGCUCUUUAGCGGGAGAUACUUCGUCUACAGAGGUGAGAGUACUACCAUUAAGUCAGCGUUUCGAACGACUGCGUGCGAGGCAUUUGCAGGACUGACGUAAUCAUGACGCCCAAAGGGUUAUCCUACUUCCAUUUAAUGGGUCUUUUGACAGUUUUCACCAGUUUGGUUCCUCACUCAUCUUACUGUGGUAUUACUGUGACUGUCGAAAGCGUUGAUGCGUAUAGCGCCCUCUUGCGCUGGAGAUUGGCCAUUUCAGAAAAUACGAGUGUAAUAGGGUUUACCGUUACAAUUCAAGUUGGUAGCACAUCGAGAGAAGUUGAAACAGUGAACAACGGUUCGGCUACGUCAUACGAGCUCUUUAACUUGGACGAUAUGAGGGACUACAACGCUUGCGUCACGACCAAAGUCGAGUCUGGUGCCUCCGAGACAGGCUGCGCCACAUUUGAAACGCCUCCCGGCAACAGCACGUACAUAGCAAUCGCCUGCGCCAUCUUCUUGCUCCUCUGCUUCAUCAUCUUCGGUGUCUUGGACUUUGUGUCGAGCAACAAGCACAAGGAGCAGAUGACCCGCAAAGAGGAGGAACUCCUGGAGCAGGGCUGGCAAACCUUCCAGCGGAACUCCAAGAAGAAGCAGAAGGGUAAGAAAAGAGCGGCACCCAAGAGACCCAGACCCGACUCAUCUGUCGAUUCUGAUCCUGUUGCGAGCGCUGAGACACCCUCUGGCGACGUAAGGACCAGCCCGCCCAUCUAAACUCACGAGACAGAUGGGCUACGUCUGAAAGUGUUAGCCACGACUGGAAAAUAAUUACUCAUGUGGCAACGGAAGCCACUGGCUACAGCGACUGCAGCAAUCUUCAACAGCCACGUAUGUUACUAUACUCGAGACUGCAGCCACAAUCGUCGGACGCAGCCAAAUCCAGUUUUAUCUUGGAGGGUACCCACUAUCAUAGAUUACUACUGUAUAUUGUUGGGAGACUUUGAGACAUUAGGUUGUUCUGAGCAUGCGUCCAUUUCUCUGAGCACCCUCAGGGUGCACCGUAACAAGUAAAUUCUCCAGACAGUAGUGAUAAAUCCCCAUACUUCACAAAUAUUUUAAAAAUACAACCCUCACAGUUGUUCAGGCUGCACAGAAAAACGAUGUUCGACAUGUCCCCUUUCAAGUUUCUUUCAAAUUUUCACCCGAAGCAGACCACCCUAAAAUGAAGAUAAUGUCCCUGCCCAGAAAAGUAGUCCUGUUGAAAAACCAUCCCUCUGCAAAACCACCAAAUAGUGCUAUGGCACUUCUUUUGGACCCGAUUCCACACAAUUGCUCAGAAUUAGAAGCCCAAAGUCCAGGCCAGAGGUUCAGUGCCGUAUUUCUACAAUUCCUCUAUUUCAUGGCUCUCAGGACUCUCUCAUAUAAAAUAUUUUGAGUGUAUAACUUUUAUCAAUGAACUUGGCCGACGGCUCUUGUGGCUAUUUACGUGGGUGCACCCGUCAAUACUGUGAAAAAGGACCGGUAUGUCUGCUGCCACCAGCGUCCCAAAGUCUCCCAUCACUCAAGACCACUGGCUGGCAUAACAAGACCGCUGGCUAGCAUGCCCUUAGGUUGUAUGUUUAUGUUGACUACAGUGAAGCUUCUGUUGAUUAGGCUACUUUAUGCACGAACGUCGACAGCAGCUUCAAAGCCCGACUUUCGAAGUUUUCAGCCCUUUCAAAAUUCCAUUGCGCUCGAAGUUUUGUGAUGUAAGCAAAACCAAAGUGUUUAACGGAAUACAGCCCAUCUUACCCUCUAGGGUGCCUUUACUGGAUUUAUCGGGAAAAUUCAUGAUUCCCUGUAUAUUGUAUAGCAUUCAACCCAACUGUCCACUCAUGCAAUAAAAUAGGCGCUCAAUGAAACAGCGCGAACUCAAUUCAUUUUUUUAAAUACAUGUACACCACUUUUGAUAUGUGGGUCAUUCCCUGAGGUUGGGCAAAAUUUGUGGUGGUGUCCAUUGUUACGUGGGUUCCGUAAAUUGAACAGCUAUUUCCCGGCAUGUGGAUUCCAAAUUAUAUAUCUUGCAAGGCUGGACACAGAGAUCUGUGUUAUUUUUACAGAGUAAAUGACCUCCUCUACAGGCCAUGACAGGUGGUAAAAGUUACCCAUGUAACAAGGACACCGUCACAAAUUGUGCCCCAACCUCAUGGAAUGACCCAUAUGUACCUUGUGGGAUAAGUCAAAUACUCAGAAAAACUGUUCCUAAAAUUUAAAAGUACGCUUAAAGAAGGAAAACUUUAAAGUUAUAUAUGUACACGCAGUUUACAGUAGAGCUAUUACCGAUGUCUGUGGUUCAAUCAAAAGAUUUUCGUGACAAAUAUUUGGCCAUGCCCAUCUUGGACAUCUAAUUGGAAUCUCUUUGCUGGCGACCGUGUAAUUUAUUAAGUUGUUUCAUGAACUUGAUACAGAUGACAGAAUCUUAGGCAAAUGGGCCAGGUCGCGUAUUUCAAAAAGCCAAGGUCGUCGAGGAACAAGCGCCCGCAAGUCAGCGUAUGGUUUGGUGAUGGGUACCAGGACUGGGCAUGCGCUGUUUGAAUACCGAACUGGCUCAUUUAUGAAUGAAGAACAGCUGCAGUGUGUAUCUUGCUAACCAAUGAUGGAAAAUGCGCCCUCUCUGUACUACUGCUUAAUGUACUGAUAACAUUUACUUCUCCUUUUGUAAAAAAUCUCACUCGAUGUGAAGCGUUUGUAUAUUGUGCAGAACUGAGGAUUGUUUCGAAACUUUAACUAAUUCAAGUUCGUGUUAUCAAAAAACUCACCUAUAGAGCCUUUUGAACAACUCCAACAAAGUAGUGCGAUCAGUACAGAUGUAUACAUUUUAGACAAUAUUUGCUGUGUAAAUAGUUGUACUCGCUGAAGAAAGUUAUAUUUUGUUACAGUAGAAACGACUUGAUAAUAAAACGCUGCCUAAACGAAAAUAGAUAUUGCUUGAAUUCAUUUAAGUGAUAUUAACAGAAGGGUCCUUCAAACAGACUGGUAAAAAUUUCCCUUUAUUCAAGUACAGUUAAAACGGACAAAGAGAUGCAAUCGAAAGACAAACUAACACAGGCGAAAAUUGGUGGCAUUCAAUAUAAGGGCGUGCAUAGUUCAGAGGAAAAACCCCAACGUAAUUUGUAAAUUACUUCCGUGUCAGUUUUAAAACUUCAAACCUCAGCAAAAUUAAAUAAAAAUACAACUGUAUGGAAAACAA